UUUGACAGUCUGUCUGUACUGCUCUAGAACAUUUGAGAUGUCUAUUUUCUCAUGCAUGGCUCUUCUGUUCAGCACAUCUUUUGUGUUAUCUAAUACUUCAGGAGACACUUUCAAUGCUGAAUUAAGUAACGUGACAGCAUUGAGUGGUUCUUGUGUGCAGAUACCCUGUACAUAUAAUGUGUCUGAUUUUGAAAACAAAUUAGAGAGAACACAGAGUAUAUUUGGUAGUUGGCUGAAGACGACACAUCAGGUGACUGGUUUGAUUUUCAAUGGUAGUUGGCUAAAGACGACUGGUUUGAUUGUGAAUGGCAGUCCACCUAUCAUUAAAGGAUUUAAUCAUAUAGAGAUGGUUGGGAAUCUUAGUCGGCGUGAAUGCGCCACUGUUUUCUAUAAUGUCACGAAGAAUCAUUCAGACAUCUACUACUUCAGGGUGGAAAUGGAGCCAGGCAUAUUUAGAGCAACAUUCAUGAGUCCAGUCAACGUUACAGUCUUAGAUGUACCGAAUCCUCCUGAACUGAAUGAUGUCGAAACAGUGAUGGAGGGCACUACAGUCAGUCUGAGGUGUUCUGCUGAAGCUCCCUGCCCCAAAAAUCCUCCUACAUUAUCCUGGUCUCACAUCCGCACAUCUGCCAACAUCACAACACAGUUACAAGAGAAACCUGAUAAAACUCAAUCUGUGAUUUCCACAAUGACCUUCAAUGCUUCAUACACGGAUCACAAGAAGAACAUCUCGUGCACUGUAACAUAUCCAACACACAUCUCUAAUAACACAACUGUGGAAAACAACGUACAGCUACAAGUUCAGUUUCCUCCAAAAGAAACAAGUAUCAAACUCGAACCAAAUACUUCUGUCUCUGUUGGCACGAAUGUGACUUUAACCUGCAAAAGUAAAGCAAAUCCAUCUUAUGAUAUGAACUACACAUGGUACAAACGUGGAGAGCUGAAACUUCUGGCAUUUGGAGAGAACAUGACCUUUAAUGUCAGUAAGAUCAAUGAAGGGUGUUACUUCUGCAGAGCAGAGAACAAACACGGUACACAGACAUCAGAAGACAUCCAGCUAAUAGUUGAAGACGGAUUCAUUGUGGAGUCAUCAGAUUCCUUCAUUCCUUUGGUCGUAGGAUGUGUCGGAGGCGCUUUAGCUUUUCUGCUGUUUUCUCUUCAGGCAAUGGUUUUCAUAAGAAAACGAGGGACACAAGCAUCAAAUAAACCUGUCGUCGGGGAAGCUGACCUUUCAGACCAGGUACAGAAUAAAGAUGAGCCGGUCAGUUCCAUUUAUAUGAACAGAGCUUUUGAGUCAAGCGAGCCGCCUGAGAUGACAAAUGAUGAUAGUGACACAAUUCACUACGGAGAGAUUAACUUCUCCACCAUCCGAACCAAAAACCACACUGAAAGAAGCUCAGGUCAGGAGAUCAUAUAUGCUGAGGUGUGUCACCAAGGCAAAAAGAUGAACCAGGAUUAUAAUUCAACAGUUGCCCUCCUGUAUGACACAGAACGUCACAAGGAAGAAUUCUGUAAGCACUUCUGCAUUUGUUCUCAAAACUGUACUGCUUUGAGUAAAUUCAUUUCAGUGCCAUUGAUAAGAAUCCAAAUGGCAAGAAUUCGGAUCACUUUCUUUAUUAUCCUCAUCAGAGUGUUACUACACACUCAUUCAGCUGAUGUGUAUUCAGCUGUACUUCCACACACAGUAACAGCUCUCACAGGAUCUUGUGUACAGAUACCCUGCACAUUUGAUGUGCCUGAUUUCGAUGAUAAACUGAAGAACACAAAACAGAUUCAUGGAAUUUGGCUGAUGAAGUCUCCACACUUUGUUCGAGAAAAUAGUUUGGUAGUGUUUAACAGCAGUGAAUUUUCAAAGAUUAUUCAAGGAUUCAGUCACAUAGAGAUGAUUGGAAACCUGACUGAGAGAAACUGCACCACUGUCUUCUAUAACAUCAUGAUGAAUCAUUCAGACGUUUAUUACUUCAGACUGCAAAUGGAGCCAAAUGUGUUCAGAGGAACAUUUAACACCAAUUCAGCUGAUUCAAGUGAUUCAAGCAAGACAGUGAGGAUCAGUGUUACGGAUUCACCAGAUCCUCCUGAACUCAGUUUCACUCCAGAUGUGACAAAACAUGUGCUGGAGGGGACUUCAGUCAGUCUGAGGUGUUCUGCUGAAGCUCCCUGCCCUAAAAAUCCUCCUACAUUAUCCUGGUCUCACAUUCCCACAUCUGCAAACAUCACAACACAGUUACAAGAGAAACCUGAUAAAACUCAAUCUGUGAUUUCCACAAUGAACUUCAAUGCUUCAUACACGGAUCACAAGAAGAACAUCUCCUGCACUGUAACAUAUUCAACACACAUCUCUAAAGACACAACUGUGGAAAGCACCAUAACGCUACGAGUUCAGUUUCCUCCAAAAAAGACAUCUAUCAGUGUUGAACCAUCUGCUUCAGUCUCUGUGGGCACUAAUGUGACUUUGACCUGCAAAACCAAAGCCAGUCAUUCAAAAAACAUUAGCUACACCUGGUACAAACGUGGACAGGAGACACGUCUAGCCUGGAAGAAUAAUAUUACCCUCAUUGUUACUCAUAAUAAUACAGGAUGGUAUUCCUGCACAGCACAGAAUAUAUUUGGCAACCAGACGUCAAAAGAGAUCCAGCUCAUAAUAAAAGAGCACAAUGGAUCCUCUAAAUCUGUGAUUUAUGGCUGUACAGAAGGACUUCUGACUUUACUUGUGCUUUCUGCAGGAUUUGUUUAUUGCGUGAGGACAAGAGCGUCCAGUCAGACCAACAUCAAAGGAAGAGAUGAGACUGAAGUUAAAAAUAAAGACAUGGAGAUCUAUUCUAACAAUGCUGUUGAGAUGACCAUAAAAACUGAGGUGACUGAGGACGAGACGGAUGAGAUCCAUUAUGGAGAGAUUGACUUCUCCGAACUCCACACAGACAACGUGACCAGAAAAGACCCUGAGACAGAGUAUGCUGAGAUUCAAAGAUCAAAGAGAAAAUUAAACAGUGACCAGAAACAGGAGGACCUCUACGCUCAGAAAUUUCGGCAGCAGGGAAGGUGGAAUGGAGAUAUUGGGUGACUACGUCUUGGUUUGUGAGGACAAUAUUAGUCAUAUAAGCAAAAACUUUCAAAUGUACACUUAUGAAGUUUUGGACGAUUCAUUUUUACUUACUGUUAUUUUAAACUGUUGAUUUGAGCUCAAUGUUGUCAUUUCAGCGUUCGAGUAAUAAUAUCAAAAUGUAUAAAUGUGUGAAAUUUUUUUUUGUACUUCUUGGUGAGCAACGUCGAUUGUACAAAAAAUGGUUUUCACAGCAUGGUAAACCUUAUAAAGAAUAAGUAAACAUUAAAGCGAAACACAACUUGAAAAAGAUAUAGUUUUUUGUGCAGGCCUACAGUAGGAUAAUUCUAUGAACAAUGACCCGUUUAUUUUAGUAUUUUUAUGUUUAUUAAUAUCUUAUGUACUGUAUGUGUUUGUGCAUUUUUGCAUGCUUUUAAAUGCAAGUGAAACGGCUACCGUUGGGCUCGCUAGAUCUUCCAAGGGCCAUUUCAUUAGUGGGCAGUUUAUUUCGUUAAAUGACUUAUUUAAUGCCUCCUUAAUAGUAAGUUGCUCUGGAUAAAAGUGGUAGCAGGUAGAAAUACUGUUGCUGUCCAUCUACCUUAAUUGAUAAAGCAAAUACAUAUUCUUUCUGUGAAAUCAUCCUGUAUCUUAGUGAUAGUUUUUUAUGAGAAUUAUUUUUGAUAGUUUUUUUUAAUCCCCUGUUUGUAAAACAUGUACUUUUGCCAAAGGAAACAUGAAUAAAGUGAAAUCAGAGAUGUAUUUUUCUGCCA